GAUUCGAUACCCAUAGAGAAAGCAACAUGGGAACAUUUAACUUAUCAGAGGUGCAGGACGCAAAGCUAUUAUGGGGAUUUCUUCAGGCUUUGGCUGGGCGUGACUUACCCAUUGCGUCUCAAACGGUUUAUACCACAAUUGGUGCCGUAUUGAAGGUAUAUCCCAACUUAGAAUAUACCAACAUCGAAAACAUAUUGACUCUUCUUGUUGUGCACACUUAUCCGAAUUCAACUUCACCCAAAACUAUUUCCAAUAUCGUGAAGUCCAUAGUAUUUGAGCCGGCCGAGGAUACAAUCGAUGAAUCAGUAGUUGAAACUAUCAUUAGCUUCUCGUACGGGGAGCAAGAAAUACUAGAUGCUGUUGCAUUGAACUCAGCAGUAGAAAUAGUACGGGAUAGCAAAGUACAAGCAAGUCUUCUGGUCCAUAGCGAUGAAUUUCCUGAGGAGUUGAUUUUCAAGUUUGUACGUGCUAAAGUACUGUACUCUUCGAAGUAUGGCAAUAACAUAGAUGAAUUCAAGCCGCUCUUUGAACUUAUCGCAAAGUAUGAACCAUUUAUUGCGUGGUAUGCUGGAGUAGUUCAACCUUACUUAUAUUAUUGGAAUAACUUUGGCAAGUCAAGCCCAGAUUCGAUAAAAUUCGAGCAGUUUGAGAAAUUUGAUUCACAACAAGAAGUAUUUAUGGAAUUGAUAAAGCCCAUGAAUUCUUAUGUUCAUAAAGAAAGACUUGGGCUAAAGUCAUGGAUGUCUAAUGUGAUAAUACCCCACAUUAAAUUUUAUCAGAAGGACUUUGCUCCAUUAUUGCAUUGGUUGUUUGUGCCUUUCGAAGUCCAAAAGCAUACAUCCAAAUACGAAAUAUGGAACAUAACCAUUGGGACCAUAAUACAGUCAGGUGUGUUCGAUUUUGAAGACUAUAGUAGCAUCAUCAAGCAUUUUAUUGCAGGAGUAUACUUCUAUUCAAUUAGUGAAUCUGAAAUUUUAACUUCAAUUGAGACAAUCAAAGUUUAUGAUCUUAUUUUGAGCACGCUCAACUUUAUCAAGACUAAAAAGGAACCCAUAGAAUUGAAGAAUGGUUUUGAUCAACUCCCAACUUAUGAUACCUUGAAUGAGUUUGUUGAAGAUAAGUCAAAUCCUCUUGCGCCACUCUUUGAACCAACUGGACACUCAAUCUCAGCGCUAAGAAAUAUUGUUGAAACUUGCCAAAAGCUCUUUCCUAUCAAUAAGCUUACUAUCUCGAAGUACUUACAAUUGAGAUACUCCACUACCGAAUCUAAUGAUAAUAGAAGAGAGAUAAUUAAAAUAACAAGUAACCUCAACAGCUCAAAUUCUGGCCCAUUGCUUACUUCAGUUCAGAAUUUCAAAAACGCAUUUGUUCCUGCAUCAGAGCUACCUGACAUCAACACCUUAGUCAUCGAAAGAUUUCUUUCAGCUGGCUUAUUCAACUCCAUAAUGGAUUUGAACCAAGAUUUUGAGAUCCCCGAUAAUGACUUGGCUAUAAUAAUCCUAGACAAAUUUUGGGAAUGCUUUGAUCUCGCAACAAACUUUGAUGAUAGAAGUGGAAAGCUUUACGAAUGCAGCCAAUGCAUAGGUCUUCUUGAUCAAUUAGGAUCAAAGCAGUUGUUGCCUGAAACAAGAAAAAAGAUUGUUGCCAUAAAGCACUUAUUGAAAGCAAUUUCAAAUAUGAAGAACUUUAAAAUUCAUCUUGGGUAUAACAAUCCACUUACACCACACAAACUUAUCACAAAGUUUAGACCAGAAGAAGACAAUUCGUCACUUUCGUUGAUUACUUUGAUUCUUGAAUUGAAUCCCAAGUCAUACUUAGCGUUUGAGAAGUUAUACAAGAUAUUGAAUGAUUUGAACCUCUUCUUCGUUGAAGAUAGUCAAGAUUCACCUGAAAGUGAAACAGAUCAGUCGAGCCGAUCGGCUUUUAAUAAGCUUAAAGCUGCUUGUAUUGAGUCUGCUUUGAUCGAUAACAAUUUUCCGUUUGCUUAUAAGAAUUCCAAGCAAUUGUUCGAACACCAGGAGAAUUUGAAUGAACUCUGGUUGACCUUUUAUCAGGUUGGUAAGUAUAUUUCUCCAGAUGAUCCCGAGACCAUUGAUAUUCUACUCAAACAAAGAGAAAUACUUAGUUUGACCCUAGAGGUAUUGUCAUUUUCAAGUAAUACCAAAGCCAUUUUGAGACAGUGGCAAGUGGUUAACGAGAAAAUCGAGGCUCAUUACACCGACUCAAUUGUCGAGGAUGUGACCAAGUUCAAUGACAUAACAAUAUCUAGCGAGUUCAAGGAGAAUAUCGGCGCUAUUGCUAAUGACAUCAUAAACGAGGCAACUGCCUCUACAAAUCACGCAAGUGAGAAAUUGUCGAAGAUGUUUGUUUCUGGCUUAGGAUGGGCAAUUGGUGCCAAUACACAUUAAUUGUCGUCUGGUUUGACGUUUCAUACAAAAGCUUCUGGAUCAUAUCAUUAAAUAAGAGCUGUAGUCACAUGAUAAAUAUCACAUGAUACAAUCGCGUCUAGUUUCUUAAAACAGUACUUGUC